AUGGAAGAAGUUUGGAAGGAUAUCAGUCUAAGCACCAUCCACGAGGGCACGGAAGCCAACCGCACCACCACUACCUCCUUCGAAGGCAUCAUCGUUCAAGACUUGCUGGCUAAGACCUUCAAAGAACCAUCCCUUGCUUCAGCUCCCUUUGGUGACCUUUGUCCACCUCCAUUCUCCGGCCUCAGCUUGAACUCUGGCCACCUCGUGGGCUAUCCCCACCCCAACAAUCCUGAUAGUAAUAGUGGUGCUUCCCCUGCUGGCUUCUUUGCCUACUGCUCCAAGAAGAGAGCAUCAGAGCAGCAGAUGGAAGCGGGCUUUGGCAAUGGCAAUGGCAAUGGCAAUGGCGCGGAUCGACGGAAGAAGAGGAUGAUCAAAAACCGGGAGUCAGCGGCUCGUCGUUGGAAAUGGGCUUAUACACAAGAGCUUAAGCAGGCGGCGGCUCAUCUGCUGGAUGAGAACAGAAGGCUCAAGUACGAGUUGAGUUUGGCAAUGGAAACUCCGCCCCCUACCAAGCGCACGCUACAGCGGACCUCAACAGCUCCAUUUUGA